GGCGCCGCCUCUCUCUCUCUCUCUCUCUCUCUCUCUCUCUCUCUUUCUAUGGUUUCCGAUCCCUUUGUUAAAGAAACCACUUCUCACUCAAAAGAUCGAUCUUUUCGCUUCCGUGGAUUCGCUCUGCCCUCUCAUCAACAUGGUUUCCACCGCCGGCGUCGACGACGAGGAGACCCAGGUUUUGGACCUUGAUUCUGCGGCACCCGGGGAAGUCCCGGUUCUAUACGGUGAGACCCAAGCCUUAGAUGGAUCGGAUGGUUCUGAUGGCGAGGGCGAUAGGGGGAUUGAUGAGCGGGGAGAGACGCAAUUGUUGGAUGAAGAUGAAGAAACGGCUGCUGUUGACAGCGGUGGCGAAGGGACGGAUAGGACCGAGGUGCUUAGCGAUGAUGAGGGAGUGUCGAAUGAUGAUGCUACUCACUAUGGAGAUCGAGAAGAUGGUGGAAAUGUCGACUCCAGACCGGAGUUACGGGUGAUUGGAGGAGAAAAAUUAUGCUUGGCGGAGGAUAAGAAAGAUAAUUUGGUUGAUUCUGGUGCUUUGACCGAUGGUGGUGAUGGUGAUGAUGAUGAUGAUAGGAAUGCAGGAUCAAAAAUGAGGAGCUGUAGUGUAGUUCCUGUGGCAGCAAUGUGUUCAUCCGGUCUUGCUGCAGCUCAAUACCUUGUUUCUAGGAGACUUGAGAAUGUGUUCAGACCUUUUAACAAUGGAAUGCAUAGUGAAAUGGAAAACUGUGCUGUAGAUGAACAGAUAGAUUUGGCAGGAAUUGGUAUAAAUAAUUGGAAAAAUAGGGGAAACGACAUCUCCUCUCUCAGCAAUACAGUUGAUAAAUUAGACCUGGACCAUGAAAUGGCAGGCAUUCAGAGGUCUAACCAGAAUUACUGUAUUGAUGAUACUAAGAGUAGAUGUUGCAACAUGAGGGUAAAAAGGCUUUUUAAAGAGUUCUUACCUUCUGAAAACCAUAAAAGCACAAGCAAGGAUGACAGCACCUUAUCCAAGGUGGACUAUUCUCAUUUACUAACGACUGAUUAUGCUCUUGCAGGAUUAAGCUACAUUGAUUCUCAGGAACCUAGUGAUCUAUCUCAAGCAAAUGCAUUGGAAAUUGUAGACAAAUUUCUUUCGAUCAGUGAUGUGGGGUCCUCUCAAGAGAUCAUAAAGGUGGAAACUGAUAUUUUGAAGUCCCCUCUUGUAUUUGCUACAAAGGGAGUUCAACUGUUGGCUGAAAAGACUGAUUGUAGAAGUCCAGUUGGAAAGCCAGGAAUUUUUGACUGGAACGACAGUAUUGAAGAUGAAGGAGGAGGUGAACUCUUCAGUAAAAGAAAGGAUUCCUUCUUUGAAAGAUCAUGUGGUGCACGGAAAACUCGAAGCCAUCCCCCAAAGUCUCGACUUGCAAUCUCUGGUACAACCAGAGAUGCAGUUGAUAAGAGUGGAGAGCUAGGUGAUAACUUAAAAAUAUAUGACAAAGGAACUGUUUUAGUUAAUUCAGAUUCGAGGCUAAUGAUACCAAAUCCUGUAAUAAGUGAGAGGUUUCGUAUAUCUGAAGCAAAUAUAAGGAAGAAUCUUUUCAAGGAUGCAAAAGGUGAAUCAAAAAUAGAAUCUUUAGAGCAUCAACUGGAUGCAACUGAAGUGGAAGGAAGUUUAGAUGGUAUACACAAUGUUGUUCCUGAUACUCAAUUAGCAGCUGAGGCUUUGGAAGCCUUAGUCCAUGAAUCUCUAGUUAAUGCGGAAAAGGAGGAGACCAGGGAUACUUUUACUGGAAAUUUGACUUCGAAUUCUGACAAAAGCCCAAUCAUGAAGACAGCUUCUUCAAAGAACGUUUCACUGCCAAAGUGGACUUCUGUUAAUGAUUCACAAGUAGUUAUGACACGUUCUAAAAAGAGAAAGAUGCUCUCUACAGAAUUGAGGGGAAGUCUAAAUUUACCUCGAGUUUGGUCUAGUUCAAGAAUGAAAAACAGUUUGGAGGAUACAACUGCUAAACGGCAAGCAAAGAGGGGAAAGGCUAAACUAGAUGGGCAAGCAGAUAUGAGUUUUAUCAGUGGACAUGAUUCUUCUAUGUCCACCAAGAAGACAAAGACACAAGCAAAGGAUGACAGACAUUUGGAUGAAAAACAAAAGCAACAUCAUAAUAACUUGGUGGAGAGACAUCCUGCACGUUGUGCUAGGUAUUCCAAAAGCACCAAGUUAUUGAAACAGAAUGAGGCUUUACCUCAUGGUGGGAAGGAUCCAAAUGAGUCAGUAAAUAAAAAUGCUUUAAGAUCUGUAGAAUCUCCAGAUAAUCAUGUGACUGAUAAAGGUUGUCCUAGUGCAGGUUUAGAUCUAGCUACAGAAGUAAAGUAUCGUGCAACUCAUGCUAAGUUUCUGAAUGGUGCUCCUCUUGGAGAAGAGCUUCAAACUUUUUCUCUAACAAAAGAUGGCUGUCACUGCCCUAAGCGGAGGAGAACUAGUCGGGUUAAUUCUGGAAACUUGAAUGAUAACUUGAAUAAAGCAUCAGCUAUGUCGGAUGCUGGUGCAUCAGAGACAAUUGGGCGAUCGUCCGAACAAGUAGGGAAAAGAAAGAUCUUCAUCAGAAGUGUAACAGAUAUCCUAAAUAAGGUUAAGCGGAAAAAAAGAUCUAUUUUUACAUAUGCAUCACUGGAAACUGACAGAGAGCCUUCUAGUACCACAUUGGUAAGAAUUAUACGUGGUAUGCAAUCAUCACUUAGGUCCCCUUUGCUUGAACCACUUUCAAAUGAGGAUACCAAGGAAUCGGCGAGGAAACAUUUGCUUUGCCCUGUUACACCAAGAAAUGCUAGUACUCUUUCUGCUGAAAAAGCAGAACAGCCCAAGUUAUGUUCUAAAUAUGUUGAAGAUGCAGCAGCAAAUAACAGAUUAUAUAGGUCGCUGAAAGCAAAAGGUCAACCGAAUGAUUUAGCAUGUACAACACCAUCUAGGGAUAAGAAUGCUGUGUCACCUAUUUAUACAGCUCGGUAUCCUCCAAGAUCUUGCAAUAAAUCUGUAUCAGCAUCUUCAGUUGCUAGUAUGCUGAAAGACAUGCGGAGGCGAAAAGAUAUGUCUAGUGUUCGUGUUUUAUUUAGUAAUCAUUUAGCUGAGGAUACUAUCAAGCAUCAGAAGAAGAUUUUGGCACGCCUAGGACUUCCGACUGCAUCUUCAAUUUCAGAUGCAACUCACUUUGUCACAGAUGAAUUUGUUCGCACACAGAACAUGCUCGAAGCAAUUGCGAUGGGUAAACCCGUGGUAACACCUAUGUGGCUUGAAAGCUGUGGACAGGCAAGUUGCUUUAUGGAUGAGAAAUAUUACAUACUGAGAGAUUCUAAGAAGGAGAGAAAGAUAGGAUUCAACAUGCCUGUUUCACUGGCUCGUGCAUGCCAACAACCUCUUUUGCAGGGUAAAAGAGUGUUUGUAACAGCAAAUGUCAAACCUAACAGAGAACUUAUUGCAAGCUUGGUUAAGGCAUCUCAUGGUCAGUUGAUGCGAUGGUAUGCAGAAUGCAGCUGCGUCAUCAGGACACUGGCAAGUAUACGUUUGUUCUGUCAAUCAGCUUUGCAGAUCUUGGGGGUAGUCUAAUCUGAUGUUCAUGCUAUUAAAAAGAAUAAAUCACCCCGAGUUCUUCCCUACAAGUGACUCUUCAAAUUUGGGGAUGCAUCACAACAUCUUAGAGUUUCAGUAUAAAUGUUUAUAGGCAGUAGAACUUGGCUUAUGCUUUACUCCAUCUUGACUUUGCUUUAGAGGUGGUCAAUAUGUUUUAUUCUGCAUUUCAUCUAGACCCUCCUAGAUUAGGACAUUUUGUUGGUUGCUUCUUGAUUCCAUGAGCUUAAACUGUGCAUCAUGACAGAUUUUCCUAUACUUCAAGAUGCAUUUCAGGUUCUAUGAGGACUCUCUCUCUCUUGCAUUAAUAUGCAUCGGCUAGGAAUUUUGCACCAGUUUUUAGAGGGUUGGACUUCAAUGACACCUGCCAUUGUAUUUGUAUUGUUACAUUAUUAAAAUCUAAUGUGUAAUACCCAUGCUCAUAUGAUAUUGUUUAUUGCUAAUAAGUAAGCUUGUGAAUGUUUUUGACCUUUUACAGAAACCAUAAAAAUGUGAGUGUAGCAUUUGAACUUUGUGUAGAACUUCUGAAAACAUUGGUUUAUUUCAUCUGCAAUUGAUCUUUCCACUUCACUCUUAAACAACAAAAAACCUUCUAUUACUUCCAAUUUAAAACUUCAAACUUCAAACUAAUGGAUCGAAAGAAUCAUGCCAUUGCAAGCAUGUUUAAAGGGGAUAGGAGUUAGAUUCUAAGUGUUUUACAUAUUAUCAAUGGUGGAUGAGUCACAUCCCUGCGAAGGCAUGGAAUGAAGCAUCAUAUUAGAAUUCUGUUUAAUGGUUGAGAUGGCAUGCACUGAGAGGUCUGAAGUUUUUGCAUAUGCACUCAUCCUAAACAGCACCCUUUAAAGGGUGGAUUUAUUUCCUGCCUGUGGUCAACAUCUGUUCAAGGUAAAAUACCACACAUCUGGCACAUGUAACAUAUUAUGCUAUUGAUUUCUCUAACUUGGAUAAACAGGAAGGAAUAGUCUGGAUAAUUGAUAUACUGCUGGAAGUAUUAUUCAGUUCACACUCACCAUUGCAUUAUGCAAAUGUAUCAUAUU